UUGUCCACGGAAUUUGUACGGUCGCGCGAACAUGGCGGGUGAUCACCUAUCCAACGAUGAGUUCUUCACAAAACUCGGAGAUCUUUUCGACACCAAUCGCACAAAAGGCCAUGGCUCAGUAUACCUUACGCAAAAGCGCAUGACAUUCGACACCAACCUUGCUACCCCCGACGCGACCAAAGUAGCUGAUGAUCCGUUAUGGGAUACGCACCCCCAGGAUCCACUACCAAUCAUUGUCCGUGCAUCAAACAACAAGUCGACUAAGCACCCAGGAACGGAUAGAGAAGCUAUCGCGAAGAUCAAGCUGUCAACAGUGGUGCAACCAGAUCAAUUAGAGACAUUCUACGGAAGAUAUGCGGACGUUUGCAAAGCAGGAAUGAGCGGUCUGAAAAAAAGGGACAAGAAGAAGGGAAAGAAAGACAAAAAGAAGAAGAAGAAGGGUGCCGUGGGAGAAACAAAGGGCUGA